AGUGAGACUUUCUAAAUUAAUUUUGUAAUGACAUCAUCAACUUUUUAAUGAGGAUCAAUUUGUUAACUUUGAUGAACACAGUGCAAUCUUAAUAACAACAGAACUAUGCUUCUAAAAUUUUGGAAAAAUUAGGUAAACAGUUUUUAAUUUAAUCAAUAAAAUAAAAUGAGUCAUUAACUAGUUUUUGAGACAUCCUUUAUGGACAGUUAUUAAAGGUCUGCAUAACUAAUAAGUUAGAAUUAAAGAAACGUGUCAUUCUAUAAAUUUAUAAGUAAAAUUUAGUGAGCAAAAUUUUGACGUCAUCAAGUUUUUCAAACGGAUGAAUAGGUGAAUUCUGAUUAGAAGGUUACGAUGCUUGUGACAACCUUACAGCUUGUGGAAAAUUUCAGACCAAUUGGUACCGUAAAUCUAAGUUAAAUAGUAAAAUUUUGUUGUAUAAUUUUGUUUUUUCCAAAAAUUUAUAUCCCUAAGUUACAAAUAGAUAUCAAUAUGUUAGUUUUAGACUAGGACAUUGUGGACAUAAUAAAAAUUAAUAAAUCACCAAAAAAUAGUGCCAACGUUCUUUAAAAUAUAUACCUCAAUGUUUAACACCGAAAUUACUGAGAAUAUCAAAAGUUGGGAACACGAAAAAAUUACUAAUAAAUAAUGAAAAAAAUCUAGGAACUUGAAAAAUAAGAAAGGCUCAAAAUUAUACACCCAAAAAGCCCGUGAGAUACCUCAAAACGACAAAGAAUAUAAUACAUAUAUAUUUUAAUUCAUAUAAGAAUCUCUUCUUGUUGGUAUAGCAGUUGUACAGUUCGAUACUAGCUAUUAUAAACUACUGACUUCUAAAAAACAACAAAAAAUUAUCUUAUCUAAGAAACUUUUUUUCAAAUAAAACUGAUACACUGAAGUUCGAUUUUAUUUCUUCCAUGUACUUGCGAAUGAAAACCAUAAUUCUCUGAAACAAUGGUUCUGUCAAUGGAGCGAUGGAUCGGUAAAGUGGCUGUCAUAACUGGAGCCAGUUCCGGCAUCGGGGCUGCCAUCGCUGAAAAACUAGUGAAAGAAGGAAUGAAGGUGGUUGGCUUAGCACGUCGGGUACAGCUCAUCGAAGAAAAAUCAAAGACGUUAACAACCAGCAGCGGUAUUCUCCACGCGUUUAAAACCGAUAUUACCAAAGAAGAAGAUGUUUUAAGCGCAUUUAAAUGGACUGAAGAAAACGUAGGACCUGUCUCGAUUCUCAUAAACUGUGCUGGAGUGUUUAAAGAUCCUUCUUUGAUGUCUGGUAAAACCGAAGAAUAUAGACGUGUCAUAGAUACUAAUGUAACAGGGUUGUGUGUUGCUACGAGAGAAGCCGUCAAAACCAUGCAAACUAACAAAAUAAGUGGUCAUAUCAUCCACAUGAAUAGUUAUCUUGGCCACGUUAUUCCUCCUUCUCCAGGAUUGAGCAUAUAUGCUGCCUCCAAAUUCGCUGUAACCGCUCUUACUGAAACUCUUCGUCAAGAAUUGUUAGCGGCGAAAAGCAAAAUCAAAAUUUCGAGUGUUAGUCCUGGAAUGGUUGAAACUGAAAUGACAGUUUUUAGUAAGGAAUUGGAUAAAGAAAGGCUGGAACUUUUGAAACAAUUGCCGUCGUUAAAAGAUCAGGACAUUGUAGAUGCUCUAAUUUAUAUAUUGUCAACACCUCCUCAUGUUCAGGUACAUGAAUUAAUAAUUAAGCCCGUAGGUGAACAAAUAUAAUUGAUUGUUGUUUGUUAAUAUAAUUUGUCAUAAAAUGUAAAAUUUGCUGUUAAUUAAAAUUAAAAACUCUAGAUAA